AUGAGUGGUAAUAAUUCACAAUUAACUAUAGAGAAUUUAAUUGAAGUUAUUAAUGGAUUAAAUAACCCAACACUCAACAAACAGUACGAAGCAAAGUUAAAUUUGAUUUCAAAUCAAUAUGGUUUCGGUGUUGCAUUAGCAAAACUUGUAAGUGAUAAAAACUUUGAUCCAAUUCAUAGACAAUUCUCUGCUAUUCUUUUAAAGAAUUAUAUUCAUAAACAUUGGGAAAAUGUCGAUGGUGAAGAUGUCUAUGACGUCGGUGUAGACCAAAAUGCUUCAGCUAGCAUUAAUCAAGAAACAAGAUUGGCAUCAACUGAAGAAAAAUCACAAAUUAAAACUUUACUCUCCCCUUUAUUAUCUGAUCCUUCAUCAAAAAUCCGUACUGGAAUUGGAAUGUGUAUUGCAAAGAUUGGAGCAUUUGAAUGGCCACAUGAUUGGCCAGGAUUAGUUGAUGAUUUGGUUAUUUGUUUAAAUCCAAAUAAUCCAGAUUUAUUUGAUGGUGCAAUUAGAUGCUUGGAAAUUUUAAGCGAUCCAGAAUUUUUAUCAGAAGAGCAAUCUGAAUCAUUAAUGGAUAUGGUUUUCCCAAUUUAUACAGAUUUAUUAACUAAAGAUAUUGGAGCUAUGGAGCAAAUUAGAAUCAUUAAUGUUUUUAGAAACACAGUUACACAUGUUACUUUUAUAAAGUCAAUCUCAAAGGUUCUCUCAAAUAAAUUAACUAAAUUUUUACCAACUUGGAUACCAAUAUUUAUUAAUCAUCUUUCAAGAGUUUUGGACAUCAAUUCACCAAAAAUAAAUCAUCAUUUCACAAUCAUGACUGGUAUCAUCGAAAUUUUUGCUCUCUUGGUCCAAGAUUUCCCAAAGAAAAUGAAGCCACAUAUUCAACAAAUCGUUUCACCAAUUUGGACUCUCUUUAAUAGCUGUUAUCCAAUCUUUGAAAAAGUAGAAAUCAAUCCAGUCCACGGUAUAGUUAGCAAUUUUGUUGAAGACGGUGUUACCAAAAUCGAUCGUUUAGUUUCAUCAAUUUUUGACUUUUUAUUACAAAUCUUUACAAGAAAAACCAAUGAAAUGUUCACCCCAUUUUUAAAACAAAUCUACAUAACUUCACUUCAUUAUAUGCAAAUGAGCUACGAUUUAAUUGAUCUUUGGGAAAACGAUCCAAAUUUAUAUUUAGAGAACGAAGAUGAAAAUACCUACAGUCCACGUGUUGUUGCCUCCACUCUUAUUCAAGAAGUUUGUGAAAGCUAUAAAGAAGAUGGUGUUUCUGCACUCUUUGAAGCAAUCUCUGAAUGUUUUAUUGAAGCCAAUAACAACAAAGAAAAAAGCCAAUCUUGGUGGAAAAUUAGAGAAGCCGCUCUUUAUGCUCUUUCAAAUUCAUCAGAAGUUUUAAUUAAAAAAAAACUUUUUAAUUCUUCUCAGUUCCUUCAAACUAAUUUAACUCAAGAUUUUGUAGAUGUACCAAAUACCCCAGAUGUUGGUCUUCAUAUUUUACGUAGUCGUUCCCUUAUUUGUGCAAGUAAAUUUACAAAAGAUGUAGAUUCAUCAGUCACUGUCCAAUUUUUUAAACAAGCUAUUCACUUAUUAAAUUCAGAUGAAUCAGUAUCGCCAUUACAAUUAAAACUUAGUGCUAUUAUAGCAAUUGGUGGUUUUGGUCCAAAGAUUGAUCGUGAUAUCAUCUGCCCAUAUAUUCCAGACACAAUCCAUAUACUCACAGGUUUAAUUGGUCAAUUAUCAAGUGACAGUUUAUCAUUAUUAUUGGAAUGUAUUCUACUUUUAAUUAAAAUUGACAAAGAUAUUACUGGUCAAAUGGAGCCACUUCUUACUCAACACCUCUCACAAGCUUGGGUUAAUUAUGCCAAUGAUCCACUUAUCAAUGACGUAUUAAAAGAUAUCUUUAGAACUAUUUGUGCUUGUCCAAAAUCAUAUCCAGGUAUUUUACAACGUAUGGUUCCUACUCUCAAUAUCAUUUUAAGUGCUUAUAACAAACCCAUCUAUUUGGCUGUUGCUGAUUCUGCUGUCGAUAUUACUGGUGUUAUUAUGGCCCGUAUUGAACAAUCUAUUGAUCAAUAUCUCUUAGACCAACUCUUUGCUCCACUUUUAAAUAUUUUAAUGGCUGGUUCCAUCGAAACUGAAAGAGGAAUAAUCAAGGCUGCACUUUUUUCAGUUUUACCAUUUGUCUAUAAAACACCAGCAGAACUAAUGGUUCAAUGGACAUUUACACCACAGAACUCCAACCAACCAGUUACUGGUCUUCAUGCUGUUCUUUUAGCCUGCAAGCGUAUCCUCAUGGAAUCUGACCCAUUUGUUAUUGUUGAUGUACCACAAAUUAUCAAUGCAAUUCUCGUUCAUCACAGUGAUGCUAUUAAAAAUCAAUUAUCAUCUUUAUUCGAGUUAACUCUUCAAGCCUUUUACAACUCUAAGCUUCCAACACAAAAACAAGGUUUUUCUUCAAUUUUUGCCCGUUUAAUUAUUCAACAUAAAAAUCUCCUCAUCGACUAUUUAGCUGGCAUCCCAGGUCCAAACAAUGAAGGAACUGCCUUAGAAUUCGUAUUGAAUGAAUGGCAAAAGCACCAUUUCGAUCUUACUAAUAAACUCGAUAAUAAUGUAUCCAUUGUUGCAAUGUGCACUCUUUUCAGUCUCAACGAUAAACGUUUAGAGUCAAUCAUGGUAGAUGGUAAGUUAAAUUUACCACCAGGUUCAGCUCGUUCAAGAAAAACUGGAGCAACUUGGACUAAAGAACCAUUAUUUGUAAAAAUAGUUCAAAACCUAUGGGAGGUAAUUUAUAUGGAACAACAGGAGAAAAAUAAUACCAAUAAUAAUACCCUAGAAGAAACAGAUGACGAAGAUGAAGAGGAUGACGAAGAUGAAGAACCAACAGAAGAAGAUAUUAAAAAUUAUUAUGGUGAUAUUAAAGUCGAAAACGGAUUUGCCAAUGCCGAGGAUUUUGCAGAUAUGUUUUCUGAUGAUGGUGACAAUUAUUCUUUGAGCGGUGAUGAAUUUAGCGAAAAUAUUAUAGAUAUUUUAACAAAAUCAGACCCAAUAUAUAACUUAGACCUCAAGCAAUAUCUCGAAAAUUUCUUUGAUAAUAUUUCCAAAACAUCUCCUCAAUCAAUUUACGAACAAAUCGCCCCAACCUUAAACCAAUUAAAAAUAAAUAUGUAUAAAUUUUAA